UUAUCCGUCUAGAGUUUAUGCAUGAUCCAUUAGCAGGGAAAAGCACCAAAUAAUAACCACAUUUGUGACUCAGUCUGUGAAAACCCAGCUAAAGUCAUUUUUGUGGUUUACGGUUUUCCACAAAAAUGUGAAGAACAUUAUGUGAAAAUCUAAUCUUGAUAUCUUAAUAUUGACUGAGUAAGGCCAUGUCAAAAAGUGAAAUCAAUUAUUGAAAUCAAACUUUGAUGCUCUGAAUACAUCAUGAGACUUCAGUCUGGAUGUUACAGACAGAGUGGGAGUAAUAGCUGAAGAACUAUGGAAAAACCCACACUGGGAAAAAUGAAAAUAAUUUGGCAAAAUAUUUAAAGUGACUUGUAUAUUCAUAAAAUAAAUUUCAGUUGAAGAAAAUUACACUUGUUUACUAUUACCAAAAUUAUACUAUUGUAUAAGUAUGUAUGUAAUAAACCCCAAAUUAAUUUGACGCUGUUAUUUUUCUCUCGAACAUCAGGGGGCAGCACAUUGACCAUCAUUGUGCUUAGCUCGCAUUAAUUGUACAAUAAGUUUCAUAUUUAAAAAUAACGCUUAAGCUGCGGGUUAACGCCAAAUAAUCAAAUGAAGUGUAUAUUUUCAAGUCUUACACACAGAAACACAAUAAAUUUGAACAUAACCAUCCUAUGACGGGACAUGAACUUUAUAGGUUACCAUGAGCGACUUUAAUUAAAGCUUACAUGUAGGCUAUAUGUCAACGCCAGACAUAAGGAUAUAAAUGUGAUGACGAGUGCUGGGAGAUUUUUCGACCUGUAGUUUAUCGACAGAUAUUUGUUCCAUCGUGUGUAUGUUUGUCUCGGAGGGAUUUCCCGUAUGUUGGAUGUUUAUUCUUGCGGUUCUGCCGUGUUUCUCUGAAGUCUUCAGCCUGUUAAUGCUGCUGCUGGAGACGCGCUUCCACGUAACGCCCCACCCAUUUCUCCACCUAUCUUUAUUUAAGAUUAGAGACACCUUCUGCUGGCAUGUCUUUUAUACAGGGUCGGCUUUGAAAGUCAAGUUAAACUGUCUGCAUUUAUAAAGACAUGAACUUAGAUGGGGACUGCAGCAUGUCAGUCAGUUGUGGGAAUGGCAAACUUAGACAAUGGCUCAUCGAUCAGAUUGAUAGCGGGGAGUAUCCCGGUUUGGUUUGGGAAAAUGACGAGAAAACCAUUUUCAGAAUCCCCUGGAAACACGCGGGGAAACAGGACUACAACCGCGAUGAGGACGCUGCGCUGUUCAAGGCUUGGGCCCUGUUCAAAGGAAAAUACAGAGAAGGUUUGGACAAGCCAGACCCUCCAACAUGGAAGACGAGACUGCGCUGUGCCCUUAACAAAAGUAAUGACUUUGAUGAACUGGUGGAGCGAAGCCAGCUGGACAUCUCUGAUCCUUACAAGGUCUACAGAAUAAUUCCAGAGGGUGCAAAGAGAGGAUCUAAGGCCAGUAGUAUGGAAGACAGUACGCCACAUGUGACCCCUAUUAGUUAUUCCAUGCAUUCGUCUUAUCCGCCUCUACAGCCUCAGAUGCCGGGAUAUAUGCUUCCCCAGGAGAGACGUGAUUGGAGGGAAUAUAGCGCUGACCAAUCUCAUCCCCAGGCACCUCACGCUGAGCUACCAUACGGACAGUGUCCGUACCCACCAACACGUUCCUUAUCCUGGCACCCAGCACCCUGUGACAAUGGUUACCAGUUUUCUGGAUCCUUCUACACGUACUCACCUACAGAAACUCAUUCUGUGGCGGUGGACCCCAAUAUGAGAUCUGCUGAAGCCAUGGCUAUUUCAGAUUGUCGGCUACACGUCUCGCUCUACUACCGUGAGUCUCUUGUUAAGGAAGUGACCACCAGUAGUCCUGAUGGUUGUCGAAUCUCCUCUUCUCCAUCCCCUGGAUCCCCUGCAUCCCCCUCAUCUCCGUGCCCUGAGGAGAGACUCUAUGGAGGGGCAGAGCCUGUGCUCUUUCCCUACCCUUAUCCCCAGUCCCAGCGCCGUGGGGCUGAGAAGCUGCCCAAUAUCUUGGAGCGUGGCGUUUUGCUGUGGUUGGCACCGGACGGGCUGUAUGCCAAGCGUCUGUGCCAAGGGAGGGUAUACUGGGAAGGUCCACUAGCUCCGUAUUCAGACAAGCCGAACAAACUGGAGAAAGAGCAGACCUGUAAACUGAUGGACACCCAACAGUUUCUCUCAGAAUUGCAAGGUUUCAUUCACCAUGGCCGCCCCAUGCCACGCUCUCAGGUGGUGUUGUGUUUCGGGGACGAGUACCCGGAUCCCCAGCGGCAGAGCAAAAUGAUCACAGCUCAGGUGGAGCCCAUGUUUGCAAGACAGCUGGUGUAUUUUGCAGGCCAGACCAAUGGUCACUACCUGCGAGGAUAUGAGCUCCAGAGUCAAGGUGCUUUACCGGUAGAAGACUACCAGAGAAGUCUCCAACACUUGCAAGAGUAAGCUUACAAUAAUAACUCCUGAGAUAUUCCCCCGAGAGUCCUAACCCAGCAGCGCAUAUCUCCUCUGCACAAAACCUCUCGGUCAACAAAUCCAAAAUGGACGACCAUUAGUAUGACAGUGAGGACCAGACAUUGAAUUGCCUUAGACUGACCAAGUGUCCACUAGAAGCUAGACAAUCUUAAACAUGUCAUGAAAGGAAAUCCAGCACUUCAAACAAACAACAAUGAAGCCAUAUUAGCUACAGUAGUUGUUUGUCAAGUGAAUUAUGUUUGGAUAAACGAUGCCCUUCAUAAAUCUGAGAAAACUUUGAUGUUUGUUUAUUAUUAUAAUACUUAAUACUAAAAAAUGGAAAAUGUUUCCAAAUUUUGGAAAAAUAUAUUCAAACAAAGAAAACUGAAUGAUGUACUUGCUAAAUAGAAAUAUUUCACACAUGGUCCCUGUGUUUUGUACCUUGCCACGUUUCAUCUCGACAUUUAAAUAAGAAGCUUCCAAAAAUAACAACUACUAUGCAACUUUUCAAACAAAAACAAAUGUGGAUAAAAUGUUUUUGAUAAAUGUAUGUAUAUUUUUAUAGUUUAUCUUUUGCUAUGUGCUAUGUCUUUCUGAUCAGCUAACAGAAUUGACUAGAUUUUCAUUGUUUUUAACUCGGCUGUGUGACUAUUUAUACUGCGUCCAUGUAGAUAUCUAUAUGCAAAGCCGAAUGUACUGUAUAGGUGUAUAGAUAUUUUGAAUGUAAUCUAAUUAUUUCUUUGCAUGGCAUCUGGUAAGAAAUUUUAUAAUGCAAAAUACUAAGAACCCGUUUGUGGUUGUGUGUGUAUGUCUGUGUGUGUUUGAUCAGUUAUCUUCCUGUGAGUAAAGAUCUAAGUCUGUAGUGUAAUCAUAACAAAAACUUGUUUUCUCCUGUGUGUGCGCGCGUGCGUGCGUGUGUGUGUGUGUGUGUGUGUGUGUGUGUAUGUGAGCACUGGUGUUAUAUCGAUUGGUGAUUGAAUUACUGCCCACAAAACUGUGAUGAUGUUGUCAGAUGUACUGUAUGAAUGAAGUGAUCUACUAUUUUUCUUUUGUACAUUGCUGUUAUUGUUGUUUCUCACGAUUCUUUUUCAAGUCUGGAUGUUUUUUUUUAAGUCAAAUAAAGAUUCUUAUUCUUUUUCCUAAUAUCAGAG